AUGGGCGCAUCGUGCAGCGAUUGCGCCAUCCGUCAGGAUGCUGACCAGCUGGGCUCCAGCACCUCCUCCUCCAGGCAUGCCGCACCCGAUUUCAGGUGCGCCCAAGGCGGCGGCUUGACCAGCAAGGGCGGCGAGGGAGCCGCUGGCGCACGCGGCGACGACUCUGGCUGCGGCCCAGGCCUGGAGCGUCGCGUCAGCGGCCGGGGUGCGGCAGAGGAGGAACUGGCGGCGCUGCUGCCGAGCGAGCAGAGGGCCCAUGGCAUCCGCCGCCUGAGGUGCUGCCGCCGGCGGGCGAGUCCUCUGAAGCUCGAGGAGGGCAGCCCUUCUCGUAGACCGCAGCCCGACGUGACUCGGCCGUGGAGGGCGCCCAACGACCCCCUUCGCGCAGAGUGGGAAGUCGUCGCUCGCGGCGUGAGCGAGCAGGAGUACAGUCGCCUCCAGGGCUUCCGACGGCUCGUGGAGGCAAGAGGCCUGGACUCGCACAAGGCGUGCGCCGAGACGCCGCACACACGCCGCGCCGUGACGCUGCUGCGGUUCCUCCGCGCCCGGCAGGGCAACUCCGAGCAGGCCUGCGGCUUGCUGUCUGAGGCACUGGACUGGCGCCGCGACUUCGAGAUCGACCGCCGGAUGAGGGAGUGGAAGGCAGAGCUCCGGCAGGGCACGUCCGCCCGGCUGCGCGUUCUGAUGCGCUACAAGUGGACCUGCGUAUGCAAAGACGCCUUCGGCUUGCCAGUGUUCAUUCACCGGGAGAGCGUGUGCGACGCUGGGGGUCUGUUGCGAGAGUUGGGGUCGGACUUUUUGCUUGUGCACGCCGUCACCGAGGUGGAGGACGCUUUCGAGGUGGCGAGAGAGCAGAUGCUGAGAACAGGGGUCUUGCGGACCUCAUUUGUGGAGAUAUACGACGUCGGGAACUACGGUCUGGUGCCGAACUACUGGCAACGCGGUUGGGACGGCGUCCCCUUCUUUAAGAGUAUUGUGCCCGUGAUCGAAAAGGUGUAUCCAGAGCGAGUGAGACUUGCAUUUGUCAUUCGUAUGCCGCGGUCCUUUUGGCUGAUCCUGAAGCUAUUCUGGCCUCUGGUGCCCCCCGAGACAAAAAAGAAGAUAAAGAUGCAUGGGUUCCCAGCACGAGCCUUCCGCGAGGAGCUGAUUGAGGCGAUCGGCGAGUCCAACGUCCCGCCCUUCAUGCUGACAGACGACAUGCAGGUCAUCGCAAAGGCCCAGCCCCAGGGCGGCCUGGUGCCCAGGGGCGCCCUGGCCAGAGAGGAGGCCCUGGCAGCGAAUGGGCGCCCAGCGAUUGCCCUGUGA